AUGGCGAGAAGUCAACUCCCUGACGUGCUGAGGCAUAACAACAAGCCUCCUCCCGACGAGGUGGAGAAGCAGCUUGAACUACCUCCAGGAACACUAUCCUGCCAGCUAGCCAACUACUUGCUUCACCCAGCCGUCGCAGCGCAUCGAUCCGGGGUGACGACGUCCAACGCACCCCAAAACUCUGACAGUCUGAAUUUGCCCUGGCCGGCUCCCCAUGGAGUGGGAGGAUGCUGCUAUCAUCUACACAAGCCUCCCCAGCCCCCAAGAACAUUUUCCGUUAGAGCAAGAUUGCAGCAGCUUAUACAGCGGUUCGCUGGUAAACCGGCUACUCCUGCUAUCGGAUGCCCUGAAGCUCAACAACAAAAUGCAGCGGCAGGUGGUCCUCUACAGACUCCACGUCAGCGGUGGAUUCCUCCUUCCGCUGCGGCUCCCCCGAGGGCCGCUGCCUGCAAUUUGGGAAGCAAUCCCCCAGUACGCCUUAAUGGGGCCCAGUUGGUAAUGCAGCACGGAGGCCAAGCUGGUAGCGUUGCAUUACCCCAGCUGGGGGCACAGAAGCAACCUCAACAGAUCUUGCCGUAUACUAUAGAUGGAGGAGCAGCCCAGUCCCCAGUAGGAACGCACCCUUUACCGAUGAAUACACCGAGAACCGGCGUGGUUCCUGGGGCGCCUCUGGGCCCCGCACCUCGCAGGGAAGCCCUCGAAUCAGCCCCACUACAAGAUGGUAAAAUCACUAGGCAGCGUCCUCAGUCGCAGGAGCAAUAUGUUGGAACCCGUGAGAAGUCGAAAUCUAUCACAGAGAGGGAGGUAGGGACUGUUCUACCUGCUCUGGCGUGGGGAGGCGACGAAGCAAUUCCCUCAGAAGAGGACCUAGCAUUACCUGAGCCGAAAUCUCCCUUCUACCCAGCAAGGAACCCCGUCGACGGAAACAAGGUGGCCCCAAUAUUCCCUCCCUGCACCAGCUGGACUCCCAUAGAGCCCCCACCGACUGCAACGUCUGUUCCGGUCUCGGUCUUACACGCAGCACUGGCUGCUAACGGGAUGGUUCUUCCACCGCAUACGGGUGCAGCUGCACAACCGAUAGGGAGGCAGACCACCGCGCAAGUCACGCAGCAACGGGAAAAUAACGGACUGAUCCCGGAGAAGCAACAGCUCCACCAACCAGCCUUUCCUCAACACCUACAGUCAAACUCCUUCGGAGUGGACUUCGCCGGAAGCCGUUUACAAGCUGCAUCUACCCAUGAGGAGCUAAGCGGUGUGCAGCUUAGGGCCCCUGAUGGCGCUUUUGGAGUUUUUGGAGGAUCUGCAAGCACCGCUGCAGCCCAGGGCCUACCAGGCGCUCAAGGAACUGCAGAAUUUCUUCCUUCGGCAAGGGGCAGCAGAACGCUUCCCGAAGAUGCCGGGUGGACCACAACGACCUACCAAGCCCAAAAUGACCUUGGUCCUUGGCAAUUCGCUGGGCUGACGUGA